AUGCGAUUCAAGCGGUACGAGGCCUUCGACUCGCAGUUUGACCAAGAUGCCUUGGCAGAAGCGCGGGCGUGGCAUCAGAAAUUUCAACAAUGCCACCUCCCCAAAGGCAUCAUGACAUUUGCAAGAUCCAGCGGUCCCGGCGGUCAACACGUCAACAAGACCGAGACCAAGGCGAUUGCUACGUAUCCCAUCAAGGACCUCUUGCCCGUCUUGCCAAGGUCCUUGCAUGCUUGCAUUCGCGCAUCAAAGUACUAUACUGUCGGCACCGAUUCGCUGACCUUUCAGGCACAAACGCAUCGGUCAAGGACGGCCAAUGCGGAUGCCAAUCGGAGGAAACUGUUUGACGAGGUUUUGCGAAUGUACGAGGAGAACACGCCGUGCGAAACGAGCAAGGAGAAAAAAGAGAAGCACAAGGAAACCGAGAAAAGGUUUCAUGAGACGAGAAUCAAGCAGAAGAAGGCAGCGAGCGCGAAGAAGCAGUCCCGCAGAGGACCCCCCGAGUGA